UUGGGCUCAUGAGGCAAUAUGGGCAGAAUGCCAGUCAGGCUGAACAAGCCAGACCAAACAUAGAUGAAGAGGGAGGGUAAGAAACAACAGCCCUAGUCCUGAGCCCUAUGCACACUAUUUCUGGGGGGUAGGAAUGUUACAGAGCUCUCAGGGUGGGAAAAGGAAUAGAUCCCUGUCCUUUUGCGAGCAUGUUCCAACUGGCUCGAGGCAGAUCUCCUUUUGUCUAACCAGAAGGAACAACAGCCUUAGGUUCACAGCAGCAGGACACAUGGAUCUGUGCCUUUAGUGUCACACAUGCAGUUCUCAAAAAGCCUGGUGUACCCCAUUCUGGUGGUGAUGAACUGAUAAGAAUUGAUGCCCCAGUCCCACGAGAGGUGGCACUGACUGUGCUCAGCCCAUGGGGUUCUGAAUAGCUAUGGCCUGCUUCGUGCACAGAGUCAGGCAGGUUUCUAUCCAGAGCAUUCGGGCAGUGGGAGGGGCACUGGCUAGGCCCAUCCUUGUCUUUCCUGGCACUUGUCAGGCCCCACCCAGAGGAAGUUCCUGGAGCCAGGUCCUCCCUAGAGCUUCUCAUCUCUACCACAGCACGGAGAUAAAGGGCCUAUCUGUGGCACAGGAGGGAGGGACUGAGACUUCGUGAUCACUGCAGGUCUAUGAAGGGCGGAUGGAGUUAGAGAAGGUGCCUCAUGACUAGGAUGUAGCCCCGCAGCACAGUAUUUGCUGGGUAAGAAAGAUCCCAGAGUCCGUUCCCCAGUAGCACAAAAAUGAAAACCAAACUAAAGUACAGCAAAUUCAGAGAAGGCACUGCUACUUUACAGGGAGGGAGUUCAAUGUUUGGCAGCUGUGGCUCAGUUCCUGAGGAUCUGUUUGGGAAGAAGGGCAGCAGCCGGAGCCUAAGUGACUAAGGAGGACCCGGGGGAGUUUCGGAAGGACCUGGCCUUCUACACCGGGCAGCUAUAGGCAGCCAGGCCUCUCACUCUCAGAGGCAGAGAGCACAUGACCUUCAGGGUAGUUUUAGACCCGCACUGUGCCAGGCAGGAGUGCUGGGAGUGACCAGUGUCACACACUACAGCAGAAGGAACCACCUGCCAGGUGGAGACCAGGGCCAAGGUGGCAAUCAUAAAAGACACACACCCACAGUCACCUGCCCCGAUCCCUCAGGAAGAGCCAGUUUGGACGCACUGGCACAGGCUGUCCUUGUUCUUCUCACUCACAGGACAGAUGUAGGGGAGGAGGCGCUUAUGUUCAACAGACACCGACCCAAACUCUGUUGAGAACUUUGCCUAGCCUCUCUCAGGAGCCCUAGACAGUCACCACUCGCACACAGGCCUUUUCUGGUUUACAAGAGAACAACAGGUCCAGGCCAGGAGGGGAGGAGUUGGUCGAGCCAGUUCUAGAACUCCUGCUCCCAUCUGGAUAAGUGAGGCCUCCAGGGAAUACAGGGUGGUCCUUUCCUGCUUACAGGACAGUGACAUGAGUGAAGACAUUGGCCUAGGAGGAGAAGGGAAAUGGUUUCUUGGGACUCAGCUUCACAUCCGGCAAGCCACCAUCCCUUCCUCAGCUUUUACUCCAGCUGAUUCCAGUUAGAGUCCUCAAGAACCUGUUCUUGGUCUGAUUCUCCCCCACACAGAACCCUCAGAACAGCAGGAGCCCUACCAACAUGGCAGUCACAGACUUUGUGGAGGAGAUUCGCUCUGUGGGGGAGAGGCUGCUGCUGAAACUGAAAGAACUUCCCCAGGCAGAGCCCGUGGAGCUUGUGGCCUUCUCCAUCAUCGUUCUUUUCACAGCUACUGUUCUGGUGCUGCUGCUGAUAGCCUGCAGUUGGUGCUGUGCUCACUGCUGCUGCUCUGAGGGGAGAGACCGCAAGAUCCCGGUGAGGCCCAGAAAGCCCAGAUGAGGGACAACAGCAAGAAGCCUGAAAAGAAGCUGGACAAGAGCCUGCCAGUGUUGUGACAGGCUACCAUCAUGGCCACUUUCCUCCUCCAGACAGAGGUCACCUAGCCCCAGGUCUGACUCUGCCAGGUACAGGACAGACACCUGGAGCCUUAUCAAAGAAACAAGUGUUGCUCAAUGCUGGUGGACACAGGGCUUAGCUGGAGCAGACUGCUUCACACUCAGACCAUCACCUGGGUCUUCUGCUAAGCUGACCCUUUCUAAGGGCCCCAUACUUCACAGCUCAGGCUUGUCGGGAGCUGGCUCUUGGCGCUCGCUGACUUAUGCCAAAGAGAAAGAAGCUAAUCAGGGACUUUGUGCAAUUUAGUAGACUUCCCAGCCUCCUGCUGAGGGGAGGAACGUGUCAGUAUACUAGUGGAAAUUUGUCUGCUUAUUUCCAAGUAAACACUUUCUGGUUUUGUGUUUAUGA